AUGGCUGCCACUAUUACUCGGGGUCUGGAGAAGGCCCAGCAAGCGUCUCAGUCUGCGUCCUCUAAGAACAAAAAGACGGUUGAUCUUUCUCAUGACACUGUCGACGCUCAUACCAGCAAGCCACAGACAACGGAUCAUGGCGUUCGCAUAGAGAAUCCCGACAACUGGCUCAAGGUUGCAUCUGACCGCAAGACUGGCCCAUCUUUGCUGGAGGAUCAAAUCGCAAGGGAGAAGAUCCACCGUUUUGACCAUGAGCGAAUUCCUGAGCGCGUCGUCCAUGCUCGUGGAACUGGUGCAUUUGGCAACUUCAUACUCUAUGAAAGUGCCGAGGACGUAAGCCAUGCUGGUAUUCUUACUGACACAUCCCGUAAUACCCCAGUCUUCAUUCGCUUUUCGACAGUGCAGGGCAGCAGAGGCAGCGCGGACACCGUGAGAGACGUGAGAGGCUUCGCCGUCAAGUUCUACACCGAUGAGGGAAACUGGGACAUCGUUGGAAAUAACAUACCUGUGUUUUUCAUCCAGGAUUCGAUCAAGUUCCCAGACUUUGUGCAUGCCGUCAAACCUGAGCCACAUAACGAAGUUCCGCAGGCUCAGACUGCGCAUAACAAUUUCUGGGAUUUUGUCUAUCUUCACCCUGAGGCAACCCAUAUGUUUAUGUGGGCUAUGUCCGAUAGAGCGAUCCCUCGUUCAUAUCGCAUGAUGCAAGGAUUUGGUGUCAAUACCUAUACAUUGGUCAACAAGGACGGUAAACGCCAUUUUGUGAAAUUCCACUUUAUACCCAAACUCGGGGUGCACUCUCUUGUCUGGGAUGAAGCCCUGAAGCUUGCAGGCCAGGAUCCUGAUUUCCAUCGCAAGGAUCUGAUGGAAGCCAUUGCUAAUGGCGCGUACCCCCAGUGGGACUUUGCUAUUCAAACUAUUCCUGAGGAAAAGGAGCACGAUUUUGACUUCGAUAUUCUUGAUGCGACCAAGGUUUGGCCGGAGGAGCUCGUCCCUCUUCGACGUAUUGGAAAACUUGAGCUUAAUAAGAAUGUGGAUGAGUUUUUCCCGCAAACUGAACAGGUCGCGUUUUGCACUAGUCAUAUCGUCCCUGGUAUUGAUUUUUCGGACGAUCCAUUGCUGCAAGGCCGGAACUUUUCCUACUUUGACACUCAAAUCAGUCGGCUGGGCAUCAAUUGGGAAGAGCUACCAAUCAACCGACCUGUCUGCCCUGUGAUGAACUUCAAUCGCGACGGUGCAAUGCGUCACCGAAUCAGCAAGGGUCCUGUCAACUACUGGCCAAAUAGGUUCGAGGCGCUACCUCCAGCCAAGGCAGAAGAGGGUGCAUUCACCUCAUACACUGAGAAGAUAUCAGGUUUCAAAAAGCGUGCGCUCAGCGAGAAGUUCCGCGACCAUCAUACCCAAGCGCAAAUGUUCUACAACUCGAUGUCUGAGCACGAAAAGGCACACAUCAUGAAGGCCUUAACUUUUGAACUUGACCACUGUGAUGACCCUGUUGUAUACGAACGUCUCGCCGGGACUAGGCUUUCCGAGAUUGACCUGAAACUUGCCCAGCAAGUCGCUGAGCUAGUCGGGGCUCCUAUUCCUGACAGACAACUCAUGCCAAAUCCUGGCAACCGCGCCAAGGGUCUGUCACAAACCGAAUUUCUGCCAGAAAAGCCUACUAUUGAGAGUCGUCGCAUUGCUAUACUCAUUGGUGACGGCUUCGAUCAAGUUGCUUUUACGGGUAUGAAGAUGGCUAUCAAGGCCGCAGGAGCACUGCCAUUUGUGAUCGGCACCAAGCGAUCUCCGAUUUAUGCUCAGGGGCAGUCUUCUGAGAACUCAGAUGGUGUGAUUGCAGACCAUAUGUAUGAUGGCCAGCGCUCAACAAUGUUUGAUGCUACCUUUAUCCCGGGUGGGUCCCAUAUCACCACUCUAUUGAAGAACGGCCAACUCCGGUUCUGGGUUGUGGAAAGCUUCGGGCAUCUCAAAGCCAUUGGAGCUACUGGCGAGGCUUGCGAUUUCGUUAAGCGCGUGUUGGGUAAUACUUUGGAUGUUAGGCUCGCAUCUCCUGCCUCAGCAGAACCUGUUGAAUGGUACGGAGUUGUUACUGCUGGCAUGCCAAAGCCAGAGAGCUUCAAGGAGGGCUUCCAAAUCGCCAAGGCGGCAAAGGACUUCGUGAGCCAAUUCUUCUACCAAGUUUCUCGGCACCGGAACUACCAGCGUGAACUGGACGGCCUUAGUUCGGCGUUGGACUGGUAA